AUGGAUAAAUUCAACGUUUUUGAUGAAUUGAAAACUGACAACUUUACUUCAAAUGAUACUUUUGACCAAUUUUUCAUCUCAGAUCCAAAUGAAAUCGACCUCUUGAUUAAUGAGACUUUAUCCGGAUUACAGGAUUUAGACGUUCCAAGCGGUUUUGCUGUAGCUAAUAGCUCAACAAAUAAUAACCCUGCAAAAGGCUAUCAUACUAGACUAAAGUCAAAAUCUCAUAGCAGGCAAAUGAGUGGAACAGCAAUCUUUGGCUUUGCUGAUCAUAAUAGAGAAUUCUCCUUACAUGGUGUUACUCCUGACUUAAAUUCUAGCCACGCAUAUAAGAAAUCUGUAGAUUCAAGGAAUGUAUCUCCUGGGGAGCUAGUACGGAGUCAACAACAACAACAACAACAACCUUCUCUACCACCACCAGGACAAUCCACAGUAACUCCUAGUCAUCAACGUCAACAAAUGCCGAGUCAGGAGAUCCUCAAACUGAAUUUUGAAGGAAAAGCUUCCCUACUUGUAGAAGAGAAGGAGGAGGAGGAGGAGGAGGAGAAUAAACAUUUGUUUCAAAAAAGGUUUAUUCAACUGUCUCCAAUAAAACAAGUGAAUACACCAAGGACCCAGCAGCAUGGGUGUAUGACUCAACCAAGAACAGCACAACAAAAUGAAUAUAUUGUAACCAAUCAGAAUCCAACGUCAUAUAAAUUUCCACCCUCGCCCACACCAAUGAGACUGGAGAGUCAAAACAAAAAGAUUGUCAAUUCAUAUUCAGCUAAAUAUUUGCAAUCGCUACAACAACAAUUAAAUCAACUAUCAAAAUUACCUUUCCUGUAUGUCGAUGAUUUCGAACCACUUUUAGAAAAGGAUAGCACCACCAAUGAGAUUGAUGAAAAUAACAAGUACGUUCCUCUACCUAUUCAAGAGCCGGUAUAUGAAAAACAACAGACACAAGAACUACCCAGACGUCAACUUCCUUUACUGUCGUCACCAUUAGUACAACAGCGACAAAAAGCCCCUCAAGAACCAUUACAGCAGCAAUCUGAAUUUGGCACGAAUUUGACAUUCAAUACAUUUUUACCGCCGCCUACUCCACCCACUUUGUCUAAUGAAUCACCCGACUGGCAAUCGUCGCCUGAACCUUUAUCACCCUCCCCAGCCAGGGUCAAUUUACAGCAACCAUUGGAUAUUUCUCCAAUUCAUCCCAACUUGCAAAAUAGUAAUCUGAAUUUCUAUACUCCAAUGUAUUUCAAUCCUCCAUCUCAGCAAAGCCUGAGUCGAUUGGCCACACAAUUCUCCAAUCAGACAAAUCAAACUAUUAAUCAAAUAAAAGGGCAUCAAUUCAACCAACUGCUGCAACUGCCACAACCACAACCACAAACACAACCACCAAAUAACUACUAUCCUUCAUUUUCUCCGUUUUCAAACAUAAACUCAUCCACUCUGAAAUACCACACCUCGCCGCCAAAAUAUAACCAAAACUCACCAAUACACAAUGAUCAAUGUUUUCAAACCCCGACAAAACGAAAACAACAAUCAUUACAAAUCCUUGAAUGGAGUCCAAUUUUUUUACCCAAUUCCAAAGAAACACCAACAAAACAAAUCAAAGAUCUUUCACCACGUCUUCGUGUGAAAAAGACCUCCUUAUUGCCACCGGGUGAACUCGAUAAUUACUGGGUAGGACCUGAUGAAAAUAAAAUAUACAAGUGCACUUACAAAAAUUGCGGCAAGCUUUUCACAAGAAGGUAUAACGUUCGAUCACAUAUUCAAACACACUUGAGUGAUCGACCUUUUGGGUGUCAAUUUUGUCCAAAGAGAUUUGUCCGCCAACAUGAUUUAAACAGACACUUAAAGGGACACAGUGAGAGUAGAUUAAGUAAAUGUCCAUGUGGUAAAGAAUUUGCAAGACUCGAUGCUUUGAAAAAACAUCAAAUUAGAAAUAUUUGCGUUGGCGGAAUUAAGGGGUUAGUAAGUAAACCGACAAAAAAGAAAUUGAGCGAUUUCCCAGUGAUUAGCAGAGAUGUUCCUUAUGAGGUGAUUGAAAAGAGGUUGAACAAUGAUUUGGUUUAA